ACGUAUUUUUGUUUACAUUUUUGAUGAAGAUAUCGUGUUUGUAUAUUGCACUUUUAUCAAAUUUUUAAUACGAUUAAAAAGCCUUUCAAGAUGGCGCUUUUAGUAUCAGCGUGUGGCUUCACAGAGCCAAGGAAAUUUAUCGUCAUCAAUGAAGCUCACGACAUUGAAAGUUCUUUUUUAAUUAGCGCAUUAAUUGGUCAACGUCUGAGGCUUCAAAAUUCUGGACUCGUGUUGAUUUGUUGUCAUCAAAGCUUCAAAUAUUAUGACGCUUGUGGAAAGAAAUUGGGCUACAAUUUAUCGAUGAGUGUGAGCAAGAAAUGUCUCCGUGUUGUUGAACCAUUGAAAGAUAUGAUAAACUUGAAGGAGGAUGAACUAAUAAAACAUCUGAUGGAUGAAAUUAAUAACAAUUUGAAGUUAUUAGAAGACGACAACAAAAAGAACAUCACGAUUAUUAUUGACGAUCUUUCCUUCUUCAUGAGCUUGGGGUGUAGUGAGAAAAGUCUUAUAAAAUUGGGACUUAAACUGCAUGAGUUAUCACAAAAGAAAGAUUCUCUCUCUUUUGUCUUAAAAGUCGGUCUUAGCGACUUUCACAGCUAUCUUUCGAACAACCUUGAAGAUCUCGCUGAUGUUUUACUCUCUGUUGAAAGACUUAAAUCAGGAAAGUUUUGGGAUGUUGAUGGAAGAAUAACAAUAAAGAAAAUGAAUAUGCAAAGUUCAAUUCCGUUAGUGGAGAGUGAAAGAAGUCUUCUUUAUUUCAUUGGUGAUCACAAUGUGAAGCUAAGUGCACCUGGUGAGUUUGGAUUAAAGGUUUAA